AUGAGGAAACUUUAUCGCAAGCCGACCAGACCGAAUCGCAUUACUCGGAAAUUUGAUCCUCGAACUUUUUUAUCGCGCGAAGGUCGACCCACCGUAGCCCCUACGAACAAAAGCAUUACGGCCCUGUACGGGCAGCCGCUCACCUUGACCAUGGAAUUUUGUGCCAAUCCCCGAUACACCAAGGUCAUCUGGAUAGCCAAAGACCAGAAGAUCUACAAACCUGGCGAUGCUGAUGAGUGUGUCAUAGCCUACGGUAUAACGGAUUAG